AUGGGGUUUCUGCCGCUGACCCCUCUCCUCUUGGGGCUUCUCCUUCUGCAGGGCGUCCUGAGGCCGCUGCGGGGGGACCUGGUUUUCAUCCCUCCUUUCAUCCGAAUGUCCGGCCCUGAGGUCAGCGCAUUCCUGGUAGGAGGCACCGAGGAUGUGAACGUGUCCCUGGUCCUGCUGCAGGAAGAGGCGGGCAUUUUGCCAGUUCCGACUUGUGGAGUACUGAGCAAUGAGACAGGAGACUGGAGUGUGACUGUGACCCCCGGUGUGAAUGUGUUGGAAGUGACAAUAAGGUUGAAGAGGGGUCUGCAGUGGUGUUCCUCUAAUGAGACAGAUUUCUUCUCAGAAUCGCCGUGUAUUAUCCAGACUCUUCUGGUCUUAGCAUCUCAUGGUUCAUUCUGUUUAGCACAUCUACUCAUUCAAGUGGAAAUUUAUGCCAACUCUUCUCUGACCCAUAAUGCUUCAGAGAACAUGACUGUUAUUCCUAACCAAGUAUAUCAGCCCCUUGGUCCUUGUCCUUGUAAUUUAACAGCUGGGGCCUGUGAUGUUCGCUGCUGUUGUGACCAGGAAUGCUCUUCAGAUUUAACAGAACUGUUCAGACAGUCCUGUUUCACUGGCAUUUUUGGAGGAGACGUCAAUCCUCUGUUUGAUCAGCUCUGCUCUUCUGGGACCCCACACCAUGUCCCUGACUGGUUUCCUUUCCUGUGUGUGCAGUCGCCCCUUGCCAACUCGCCCUUCCUUGGUUACUUCUAUCACGGCUCCAUUUCCCCUAGACAGGACUCUUCCUUUGAAGUUCAUUUGCAUACUGAUCUAAAAGACUUUUCAGACUUUGGUUACAAACAAGGAGAUCCAAUUAUGACUGUAGACAAGGCAUACUUUACUAUUCCACAGGUGUCCCUAGCUGGGCAGUGUAUGCAGAAUGCCCCAGUGGCAUUCCUUCAGAAUUUCGAUGUUAAAUGUAUUACUAAUUUGGAAGUAUACCGAGAACGGGAUUCUGUGAUCAAUGUGAAGGUAAAGAAUGGUGCCGUAGGAGGCAUAGUUACACCAAAAGUAAUCUAUGAGGAAGCAACUGACCUAGACAGAUUCAUCACCAACACAGAAACUCUUCUAAAUAAUGGAUCAGACUCCAGAAAUGUGAAUGUGGAAGAACAUUAUAUUUUCAGAUGGAAUAAUAAUACAAUCAGUGAAAUAAAUGUCAAAAUUAUUAGGGCAGAAAUUAAUGCCCACCGGAAAGGAAUAAUGAUACAGAGAUUUAUCGUAAAAUUUUUAAGCUAUAAUAGUGGUAAUGAAAAGGAAUCAUCUGGAAAUCCAGGUUAUCAACUUGGCAAGCCUGUCCGAGCUCUAAAUACCAAUGGGAUGAAUAAUGUUACGACUUUACACCUUUGGCAAUCAGCUGGAAGGGGUUUGUGUACAUCAACAACUUUAAAACCGAUUUUAUUUGGAGAAAAUGCACUAUCUGGGUGCCUUUUAGAAGCUGGGAUUAAUGAAAACUGUACUCAGCUCAGGGAGAAUGCUGUUGAAAGACUUGAUACAUUAAUACAAGCAACUCAUGUUGCAAUGAGAGGCAACUCCAAUUACAGCGAUCUCAGUGAUGGCUGGCUGGAAAUAAUACGUGUAGAUGCCCCUGAUAUGGAUGCCGACUCAUCUGGGGGGAGCAUGAAUGGCAUCUGUGGGGAUAUUCCUGCUCAGCUGAGUAUCCGCAUCCUCUUCUCAGAUGCUGGCGCAGUGGAGGGGAUUACUCAGCAGGAGAUACUUGGCGUAGAGACAAGGUUGUCCUCGGUGAACUGGCAGUACCAGUGUGGGCUUACUUGUGAAGAUAAGGCCGACCUCUUCCCUCUCAGUGCAUCAGUCCAGUUCAUUAAAAUACCUGCACAGUUACCCCGCCCUCUGACCAGAUUCCAGAUCAAUUUUACAGAGUAUGAUUGUAACAGAAAUGAGGUGUGUUGGCCACAGCUUCUGUAUCCAUUGACCCAAUAUUAUCAAGGGGAGCCUUACUCCCAGUGCGUUGCCAAGAGCCUACUGUUGGUGUCGUUCCUCGUGGUGGCUGUGUUUCUUAGUAACCCCUGGACCAGACUGUGCAAAGCUUGGACUUCGACUAUCUGAUUUCUUAAAAACCAUACACCUUUACUUCAGCGAUUUGUUGUAGUCCCACAUG